AAUUUUUUGUUUAGUUGACACUUCAACGCAGAGCGAUUUUUUCGACUCUUAGAACAAAAAUUUGUAAAAUAAGAAAAAGUUUUGAAACUUAAAAGACAACAAUAAAUGGGACGUUUAACCAAAGCCAAACUGGCCGCAAAGGCUCGCAGGGCCGCUCGGACGAAGGGAAUCGUCCUUGCCGAACCGGUUCCAACUACUGAUUGUGAAUCUCCGAACAAAUCGUUGCCGGAAGUUGCAGCCACAUGUACCACAGAACCGAUCCCCGUGGAGCAAGAUAACUCUCUGUCACUUGAGGAGCAUUUGAAGGUUCACGUUAUUCCCAACGCGAACCAUCCGGAAAACCAGGUCAAAAGUGACCAGGUCGUUGAAGAAAAUCAGCAGCAAAUUCCAGAAGCGCUCCCCGAGCAGAUCCCUCGUCGUGCUGAAAAGUUACCCAAGUGUUGUGAAGAAGGUAAAAAGGUCAAACCCAAAAAGCGCCCACCGCGCUGUUCACCCUUCACCCUGUGGGCCGAGGAGGUCCAACGACAGAUGGCAGCCGAUCCGAAGCCGCCCCAGGUCGGGUCCACGUACAAGCAGCUGCUGAAAAAGUGGUCCCGACUUCCGCGGCUUCAGAAAACCUACUGGAAACACCGAGCCAGCUUGACGAACGAGCCAAGCCGGAAGAAAGAGAGUUCAGAGCGGGAAAAGAAGGAACGGCCGAAGAAGGCCAAGGCCACUCAGACCGAUCCCCAGGAGAAGAAGAGUGAAACGCUGGAUUUGAUGGUUGAGAUGCUGCCGGUCAAGAAUGAACCGGAGGAUCCGGCGACCACACCCCAACCCGUGGUCUUGGUCUACUCGGCUUACACGCUUUGGCUGUUGAACUUUCGUCGGAGCGUCUCGUCCGAGAUGAGUGACCGACUCGGAUCCGGUUCCAAACUGGCCGCCCGGCUUUGGGAUGGGCUACCGAUGAAGGAAAAGGUCGCCUGGAACAACCGUGCCUUCCAGGUCAACGGCCUGCUGCGUUACGGUUGGGAACAAGCUACGACAUAUGCGGCCGUAAGAAAGUUCGUUCUCGGGGAAAAGAAAGAAUCGAUCACCACCAGACACGAAGAACCGAACCAACUCAGCAUAACGAACGUUCGAUCGCUGGCAGAGCCGGUCAUCGUUAAGCAGGAACCAGUCACAACUCCGGCGGAAGCCAUCGGUUGCAUCAAACUGUUCAGCGAUAGCCUAACCAUCGUCGGCGAUUCCUUAAAGGAUUGUGAGAGUCCCGAUGUGGCGAGCAGAAUCACGUGGCUCGUCGGCAGUUUGCACAGCACCCUGGAACCGUUGAGCGCGCUCGCUCAUGGGAUGGACCUUUCCGCGUUGCAGGACAACGUGGAGCAGCUGAGGAAACUGUUCCAGCAGCAGAAGCUUUGAAGGCCAUCGUUACUUGUAAGUACAUAUCUAUUUAAACUGUUGUUUUUUGCGCUAAAUUAUCUUAAGUAAACAUUAUAAGCUUAUUACUUAAAAUAUGUGAGAAAAUUACUUACAUUUAUAAUCCUAAUUAAAUACAAAAUAUUAUCAAUUUUCAAA